AUGGAAUAUGAACGAUUAUUAAAUAAUUACAGUCGGGAAUUACAUGGUUUCAAAGAUGGUUGUUAUCAGUAUGAAAAAAAGGGAAAAGAAGUUUUAUUACUUCAGAUUGCAGUCGCGGUAAUAACUUAUACCGAGGACAAAUUACUGUUGUCUUCUACUAGAGACGAGCCUCUACCGAGUCCCCCAGUGCCAAAUCUGGAGUCUACUUUGCAAAAGUUUUUGGCCCAGGUUGAAGCUGUAGCUCCAAAUCAAUUGGAGAAGACUCGAUCACUGGUCAAACAAUUUUUAGCUGGACCUGGGCCAAAACUACAAAUGCGACUCCUAGAACGUCGGCAACUUAUGACCAACUGGGUGACUGAAUGGUGGCUAAACGACAUGUAUCUCUCAAUACCUCUCGCUCUUCCAAUCAACAUCAAUCCUGGUUUGGCAGCACGACCAAAAAAUUUUACCAACCAACGUGAAGCUGCAAUUUUUCUCGCUCGCUUUUUAACUGAACUUCUUAAUUAUCAGGAACUGCUGGACAGAUCCGAACUUGAAAUUGAUCAAGUGAAGACAAAAGACGGGAAAUCAAUGCAAUCAUUAUGUAUGGCGCAACAUUAUCAAAUGUUGAGAAUUUAUCGCAGACCUGGUGUUGAUGCCGAUGAGCAAAUCAUUUUUGAUAGAGCCACUUCCGGGGAUCAUAUAAUUGUAGCUCAUCACAAUCAGUUUUACAACGUUCCAGUCAGAGCUUCAGACAGAGGUCGAAUCACAGAAGGGGAAUUAAUUCAACAAAUUCUUAAGAUCAUGGAAGAAAAGCCAAAUCCAAGAACACCACCAGUGGGAAUCCUCACGACUGCCAGAAGACCCGUUUGGGCAAAGGCUCGAGAAGAACUUCUAAAAAAUGAACGAAAUCGACACAAUAUUGAAUUGAUGGAAAGGUGUCUUUGUAUGAUUUGCAUUGACGACGAUGUUCUCCCAGGAACUUUUAACAAUCCUUAUAGAAAAGAAGAUAAAUGGAUUGGCGACCGAGAUUAUGCAAAUGUUUUACAUCACACUCUACAUGGCGGUGGAUCUAGACAUCUAGGAGCUAAUCGGUGGUUUGAUAAAACCUUCCACGCAAUUCUUGGCAAAGAUGGUUUAUGGGGCAUGACUUACGAGCAUUCAGCGGGAGAAGCACCGGCUAUUUUCAAGGCUUUCGAGGAUUUAACUGAUAAUGUGGAUGCAAUGCCACCACCAGAAGAAGAUCCUGUUCCGUCACAUCUUCCAAAUCCGGAAAAACUCGAAUGGUUUUUAUCUGAACAAAGCAAAAAUGACAUUAGAGAUGCAAUGACUACUUUCGACGCCUUGGUUGAAGAUCUGGAUAUCUGCAUUCUUUGGUUCAAGGAUUAUACAAAGGAAUUUAUAAAAUCUUGCAAGAUUAGUCCUGAUGCUUACAUUCAGUUGGCUCUCCAAUUAACUUAUUUCAGGUUGCACGGUCAACUUGUGGCAACGUACGAGAGUGCAGGAAUCAGGAGAUUUGCAUUAGGUCGAGUGGACGUUAUCAGGUCAGCAACUCCCGAGGCGUUAGCAUGGGCAAAAGCAAUGUGUCAAGGCGACCCAGAAAUUCAGGCCGGAAAUCAACCCACCAACUUGCAAGAGGAAGGCUCUAAAAGAGUUCAGUUCACCAUUUACAGUGUAACUGGAACCUUCCCUUUCUUUAAUGACGAGCAAAAAAUUAGAGAAUUAUUCGAUUUGGCUGUGCAACGACAAGCAAAAGAGAUAGCGGACAAUAUUCAUGGUCUUGGAAUAGAUAAUCAUUUAAUGGGUCUACGAUAUGCAGCCAUUGAAGCUGGAGAAGAAGUUCCAGAGAUUUUUAUGGAUGAUGUCUAUAAAAAAAUCAAUCAUUUUGCUCUAUCAACAUCGCAGAUAACAACGAAAAAUGAUGUGAUUGCGGGAUAUGGACCAGUGGUUCCGGAUGGUUAUGGCUGUGGUUAUAAUUUGCGCAAAAACGGAUUUAUAUUUUCCAUCUCAGCUUUUCACAGCGAUGGAAGAACGAAUGCUUUAAGAUUUGCACAAGUUCUCGAACGUAGCAUGCAGGACAUGGCUUCAAUGUUGAAAAAUACUUCACAAUAG